UUCGUUUCAGGCCAUGCAAGACAUGCUGAAAUUCCAAUCGGGCGACAUGACAAUCGAGUGGAGUUACAUUCCCAGCAAAGAUAUACCGGGCGUCAUCCUGCACGACAGGCUGAUGACCGACGCAGCUCUGGGCACGAGGCCCAUCAAAACAGAACACUCGUACAGUUUGGCCUCGGACGGCGACAGUUUACCAGAUUCUCCUAUAUCGCACCAUAAGGUCGACGACAUGGAAGAAGAAUGUUUUCCCGCCAUCUCGAUGAAAACGGCGUGCGACCGACUGGAACAGGACUCCGUGUCCAUCAAAGACGAGCCGCACAGCGAGACAGACAGCAACCACUCCUCCUGCCCCUCUUCCCCCCAGUCCAUAUACGUCAAUGCCAGCGAUAUGCCUCUGGAUGUCGAAAUGUCCCCCGCCCCGGACAGCCACCCCGCCCUGCUCACCGCCAACCUGUUGCUGGCCGCCCCGUUGGCCGCCCUGCCGCGCCUCCAGCCCGCCCUCCGCCUCGAGCCGUUCCCGCGGCUGCCGCCCACGCCGCCCUCGGGCAGCAGCAGCAGCGAGGAGAGCGAGGACUGCGCCGCCCCCAACAGGAAGGCCGCCCGCGCGAUCGCGGCGACGAGGCAGCCCAUCAACACUCCGCUGAUCAGUACGCAGCUGAAGGGAUCCACGGGCACCUUGAUCCUAACGGAAGAGGAAAAGAGGACGCUCAUCGCUGAAGGUUACCCAGUUCCUACCCGCCUACCACUCACAAAAGCAGAAGAAAAAUCUCUCAAGAAGAUCCGAAGGAAAAUCAAAAAUAAGAUUUCUGCUCAGGAGAGCAGGAGGAAAAAGAAGGAGUACAUGGACCAGCUGGAGAAAAAAGUGGAACACCUGGUGACAGAGAACAACAACUACCGGGUGAAGAUCUCCGGCUUGGAGGACUCGAACACCAGCCUGCUGAGCCAGCUGCAGAAGCUGCAGGCCAUCGUCUCGAGGACGCACCCGCAGCUCAUGAAGCAGCUCAAACAGAUCAACUGA